AAUAAAAUUAAUAUUUAAUUUUUUAAACCUACUAAUCAAUAGUAAUAAAUACUGAAAAAUGAUUAAAAUUAAUGUGUUUAUUGAGUUUUUUGUCUUGAUGUGUAUUUGUAUCGCACAUGUAUGGAGCGAUUGUACCAUUUCUAUGGAGGCCGCAGACAAAUGCGGCAUGAAAUCAAUGAUAUUUGGCAACAGAGAUAUGAGUGCGCCUACAAAUGAUGCUGAGCUGGAUGAGUUUUGUGUUCAGGUCCGAAAGAAUGGCAAAUGUGUUUCAGAUUUCAACGACCGGUGCCUUAAAGGCAACAUUCAGAUGGCCAUCAAAAUAGCCCUCAAGAAUGGCGAGCGGUUUAUAGACAAGCGAUGCAAUGUCGGCAAAGAUAGGAAUGAAUUCCUGUCUCAUAUCAAGUGUCUGUCCCCUAAGGAGAAGAUGGAGCCCUUCCACCUGUGCGCUGACAAACACUUAGUUAUGUUAACCAAACUCAAAGAGAUACCCAAAGGAGAGCGCAUCGCCUCCCUGUGCUGUAUCACUCAUGUCUCGCAGGACUGUCUCCGACAGAAAUUCAAGUCAGUCUGCGGUGAAGACACCGCCAGUUAUUGGGACGACUCCUGGAACGAACUC